AUGGACCAUCUCCAAAAUAUGUCACGGGAUGAACUUCGAAGUGAAGUAGUGAGUUUUGUUAACAGAUUGACACAAACGAGUAAAAAAAGUAAAUUACUUACAUCAACACAAAUAAAAAAGAUGAAAAAAAGUGAGCUGAUAGAGUUUAUUCAACAACAUCAGGUAUUAGAGAUACCUCAAGAAGAUAAUGACAACAACAAUAAUAAUAAUAAUAUUGAUAAUUUAGAGACUCCUCUUGAUAAAAUCUUUCCAUUUGAAGAAGGAAUUUUUAGCAAUUAUAAGGAAUUUAAAGGUGUUAUUAGAGAAACAAAAUAUGAUAAUCAAAAUAAUGAAAUUAAUUUAGAAGAAUAUCUUGAUAAAUUAGACAAAAGAGGGUUUGACUACUAUCAAAAAAUAAUUAAACGUAAAUUUAAUGCUUUUUUGAAAAAGAAAGAAAAUAAUGUAAUAAAUGAUAUGUUCAAUGAUAAUGUAAAAAUAUCUCUCAGUUUAAGGUUUGAAAAAAAUAAAGACGAUGUUGUACAAUCAUUUUUUGUACAAACUAAAACUAAAGAAUUGUGUAUUGGUGAAGAUAGAGAAGAAUUUUAUAAGAGUGCGAGCGAAGAAUUAUUAAAUAAAAUUGAAAUAUUAGAAUGUAAAGGUUCAGGUUGGUAUUUAAAUAAAAUCUGCACCUUAUAUAUGAAUCAAACUAAAAUAAAACAGCCGUCAGGUUCUUCAUAUAUAAAAUUGCCUAAAUGGAUAGAAAGUAAAAAAGCUAUUAUUAAUAUAAAAAAUAAUGAUAAUUAUUGUUUUAAAUGGUGUAUAUUAGCUCAUUUACACCCAGUUGUUCAUCAUGCUGAAAGAGUAACACAUUAUAGAAAAUAUGAUAAUGAGUUAAAUUUUAGUGGAUUUGAGUUCCCUUUUAAAAUAUGCGAUAUUGAUAAAUUUGAGAAUUUAAAUAAUUUAGCAAUAAAUGUUGUAAGUUGUUCCAAGGAUAAAAAAAGUUUAAUAAGAUUUCGUCCAUCAAGAAGAUUUGGUGGAAACUAUAGAGUAAUAAACUUAUUCUGGUAUGAAGAAGAUGGUAAUUGCCAUUAUAGUUUAAUUAAAAAUAUUAAUAAAUUAUUUAACGAAUAUGGGGAGCACCAAAAAAUGUUCUGUAUACGAUGUCAUUCAUUUUACUAUAAUCAGGAAAAAUUUGAAAAACAUUAUGAAGAUUGUGGUAAACACGAACCAGUACAAUAUACACCUCCAACAAAUAAAUUUUGUGAAUUUAAAAGUAUUCAAAAAACACAAAAACAUCGUUAUGUAAUUUAUGCUGAUUUUGAAUCUAUAAUUAAAAAAAUUGAUUUAGUUAGUGAUAAUCCUAAUAAAUCAUGGACUGAAAAUGUAGGAAAACAUGUUGCAUCUGGAUUUUGUGCUAUUGUACUCGAUUCUUACACUCACACUAUUUAUGAUAAGAAAUCGUUUAUUGGUUAUAAUGCAGCAUUACAAUUUAAUAAAUAUAUAAUUAAAAUUUGUGACAGACUGAUCAGUAUUCCUGAUGUAAAAAUGAUUAAGCUAACUGAAGAACAAUGGAAACAACAUCGAAAAAUUAAUAAUUGUCCAAACUGUGGAAUUCAAUUUAAUGAUGAAAAAAUGUCUACAAGAAAAGUUCGUGAUCAUGAUCACUGGACAGGAUUAUAUAGAGGAGCGCUGUGUGGUAAAUGCAAUCUAAAUAAUCGUAAAAAUAAUUUUAUUCCUGUGUUUUUCCAUAAUCUAAAAGGCUACGACUCUCAUUUGAUAAUGGGAGAUCCGGAAAGUACAAGAAUGUUGAAAAAUCAAGAUAUAAAGAUUAAAAAUAUUUCUUCAAAUAGUGAAAAAUUUAUAAGCUUUAGUUAUAUUAAAGAAAAACCUAUGAUUCCACAGAAACCAAUUGGAACCCAGAGUUAUUCUUCAGACGAAAAUAAGGAAUUUUAUGAAAUCAGUUUCUUGGAUAGUUUUAGUUUCAAUCCUGAUACUGAUAGUUUAAUUUAUGAAAUUGAAACAGAAGAUGUAUAUGAAGAUAUUAAAGAAAUUAAAGAAUAUUUUGACUUUAGUGAUUAUCCAGUUGAUCAUCCACUUUAUGAUAGAUCAAAUAAGAAGGUAAUUGGUAAAUUCAAGGAUGAAUUAAAUGCUUCAAUUAUGACUGAAAUAGUAGCACUUCGUCCCAAACAAUAUGAAUGCAAAAAAAUUAACCAUUUUGAAAUACUGAACAAUCCAGAAAAUUAG